AUGAAGUUCAUCUAUUCUAUUCCAGCACUUGCCAUUUUGCUUUCAACAGUUGAUGCCUCUCCAGUUGCUCUUCCACGUGUUUUCAAAAGAGAUUUGGAUUUGACUCUCACUCAAUCUCAAUGUACUUCUUCUGAAUCUCAAGCUUCAUGCUCCACUUCUGGCUCUUCCAGCAGCGACUCUUGUUGUGUUGAGACCGAAGGUUUGAUCUUACAAACCCAAUUCUGGGAUACAGAUGUUGCAGGCUCCCCAGAAAACACAUGGACUAUUCAUGGAUUGUGGCCAGACAAGUGUGAUGGCUCAUACAAUUCUAAUUGUGAUUUCGCUUCUGAAGUUAGCAGUGUUGCUGAUGUUUUGCAAGACGCUGGUGAAACUGAUUUGGUCAGCUACUUGAGCCAAUAUUGGUUGAACGACGAUGGUGAUAAUGAAGAAUUAUGGACCCACGAAUUCAACAAACAUGGAACCUGUAUGUCUACUAUUGGUGAUGAUUGUUAUGCUAGUGGCACUGCUUCAAACACAAAUGUAGUUGACUUUGCUAAGUUGUUAGUUAAGACAUACCAAGGCUUACCAACCUACCAAUGGUUAGCUGAUGCUGGAAUUACACCAUCUUCUUCUCAAACUUAUUCUGCUGAUGACAUUUCCGCUGCUUUGCAAGCAGGGUUCGGUAACGAAGUUUAUAUUGGUUGUUCCGAUGGAGUCUUCAACCAAGUGUGGUACUUCCACACCGUUCAAGGUUCCUUAUUGGAUGAUGAUUUGGUCAAGAUUGAUGCAGUUAGCCAAUCAACCUGUUCCGGUGAUGUUAGUUAUCCACCAAGAUCUGACUGA